AUGGAGAAAGUGAAAUUGAUGUGCAGUUAUGGAGGCAAAAUCCACCACCGUCCUCACGACCGGCAACUGUCGUACAUCGGCGGCGACACCAAGAUCCUCACAGUCGAUCGCAACAUUAAUUUCUCCACCUUGCUCUCCAAAUUGAACGCUCUUUGCGAGUACAAUUCCGAAAUUCGAUUGAAGUAUAAGUUGCCUGGACAAGAUCUCGACGCUUUGGUUUCCAUUUUUGAUGAUGAAGACGUGGAUAAUAUGAUGUUCGAGUAUGAUCUCCUCCGUCGCAUGUCGCCUACACCGCCUCGGCUACGUCUGUUCGUUUUUUUCGCGGUUGCGCCGCCGACGCCGGUCACAGCGAGAUCAGUGAAUCCGGAUUUUUUGUUCGGUUUCGAUAAGGAAUAUUCGCUUAAUUAUUCAGCGCCGGUGAAAAAUUCUGAAGAUACGGAUACAGUUGUGUCACCUCCGGAGAAUGUCGGUCUAAGUAACGGCGUUCCGGUGCCGAUUCAUGAAAUUCCGGCACAAUUUCCGUUUAACAGUACGGUGACACCUGGCAGUUACGUUUACCCAGCGCCGCUAGUGUACCAAGCACCCAUGGCUUCGAGCGGAUAUUUCCAGGCUGGACAGCACAAGGGAGGUGGUGGCAACCGGGAACAGCCGGUGAUGUACGGCUUUAUUCCGGGUGGUAACCGGGAACAGCCGGUGGUUUAUGGUUUUAUUCCGGUUAUGCCCUCAGCUGCAGCACAAGAACAAGGGAAUAUUCCGAUGAGUGGGAGUCCACUGAGCUACGAUGCAUCCAGAGGGGAGUUCCAACUUCCAACGGUGAUGAUGGCGAACAAUUCGAAUCAUGAUUCUUCUAAGGAUCCUGAGUUUUUCUCCGAUAGUAGCAAUUUUUCAGAUCCGAUUAGGAAUUUACCAGAACCGGUGGUUGAUGAUACUUCUAGGGAUACGUUGUCGGCAUCUCCAAUGGUUUUGGAUGAAGUCUAUCAUGAAUGCAGCGACACGCCGCCAGGAGAUGAAGUAUUAUCGGUGGUUUAUGCGUCGGAAUUGGAAUCCAAAACACCAUAG